GCAAAAGUCAAUAGGGGGCGCCCUGGGCAGACCCUCAGAGUAUAUAAAAGAGGGUUUUUACAGGUAGCUGUUCACUGAGAGCCACAAGCUGGAGGCUGGAGUGUUGUCUCCUGGAGAGAUAAGUGAUCUGUCUCUUUUCUUGCCGAGCGUCGGUCAGGGAGGCUCUUCCAGCUUGCUCUGCUCUCCCAACUCCUCUCCUCUUCUCCUGCUCUUUGCUUCACCCUUUCUGUAACUUCACCCCUCCAUCAUGGCGCCAACCCUCGCCACGGCCUUCGCCAGGCGCUGGUGGAUGGCAGUGACUGCCAUCAUCGAGAACCUGCUCUUCUCUGCUGUGCUGCUGGGAUGGGGGUCUCUCCUCAUCAUGCUGAAGUCUGAGGGGUUCUACUCUUACCUGUGCACCGACGAAGGCAACAGCUCCAGCUACAAUCUGUCCCAACCUCUGUCCACGCAGGCGUCCGAUGAGUACUCCGACAUCUUCGAGGACAGGGAGGCCAACGUGGAAUUGGGAGAUGGGGUCGAGAUGAGGCCCUUGGUCCCCGAGGGGCCCCUGAGGAUGAACGGCUGGCUGAUCUGCAAAGAACAGGACGAGAUGCUGAACCUGGCGUUCACAGUGGGCUCCUUCCUGCUCUCUGCCAUCACACUGCCGCUGGGGAUCGUCAUGGAUAAAUAUGGGCCUCGCAAGCUUCGACUGCUGGGCAGCACAUGCUUUGGAUUUUCCUGCCUGCUCAUUGCUUACGGAGCCUACAAACCAAAUGAACUAUCAGUUCUCAUCUUCAUCGCCCUGACUUUCAAUGGCUUCGGGGGCAUGUGCAUGACCUUCACCUCGCUCACACUCCCUAACAUGUUUGGAGACCUCCGUUCGACCUUCAUUGCCCUAAUGAURGGCUCGUAUGCCUCCUCUGCUGUCACUUUUCCUGGCGUAAAGGUCAUCUAUGAUUUGAACAUAUCUUUUAUUACCAUACUGGUGGUGUGGGCUGCCUGUGCUGGACUGGUCUUCUUGAACUGCUUCUUCAAUUGGCCACUGGAACCGUUCCCAGGACCAGAAGACAUGGACUACACUGUAAAGAUCAAGUUUAGCUGGCUGGGCUUCGACCAUAAAAUCACAGGGAAGCAGUUCUACAGACAGGUGACCACAGUGGGCCGGCGUCUGAGCGUGAGCAACAACGUGAAGCAGAAGGAGGUGGUGGGCAAGGAUGGACAUAAUCUCUGCCUCUCCACCACGGACCUGGAAAUGGAUUGCAAGCCACAGGAAGAAUCCGAGUCCUUUCUGAAGAGCAUCAUGAGCCCGAUCUUCCUGCUGAGCGCUCUGACCAUGUGCAUCACUCAGCUUCGUCUCCUCUUCUACAUGGGGGCCAUGAACAGCGUUCUGGAGUCUCUCUGUGGUGGGGACCUCAAUACAGUUAGUUUGUACUCCUCCAUUUUUGGCGUGCUGCAGCUGCUCUGCCUGAUGACCACCCCUGUGAUCGGUCAAAUCAUGGACUGGAAACUGAAGGACUGCGAUGACGGCGAAGACGACAAGGAGCCCUUUGGCAAGGGUGAAACAAAGCGCAGAGACAGAAAGACCCAGAAAGUGACCAACGCCCUGCGAGCAUUCGUCCUCACAAACCUGCUUUUGGUGGGAUUUGGAAUCACCUGCUUGAUACCCAAUCUCCCAUUACAGAUUUUGUCUUUCAUCUUACACACUGUGGUGAGAGGAUUUAUCCACUCUGCUGUUGGGGGUCUUUARGCUGCUGUAUAUCCAUCCUCACAGUUUGGAAGUUUAACUGGGAUGCAGUCUCUGGCCAGUGCAGUUUUUGCUCUCCUGCAACAACCCCUGUUUUUGGCUAUGAUGGGACCUCUUGGUGGAGAUCCAUUCUGGGUCAACAUCGGACUCCUCGUUCUCAGCAUGCUGGGCUUCUUGCUGCCUCUCUACUUAAUCUGCUUUCGACGGACUCUUCAUCAACAGCAACUGCAGAAAGCUGAAAAUGCUAAAAUCUACAUCAAAAUCAACGGCUCAGAUGUCCCAGAAGCCUUCGUUUAGAGGAUGARGGAGACAGAGGAAGAUGCUAAGAAAACACGGGGCAAGUCAACAUAUAAGCCUCAGAGAAUUUGUUAUAAAAGGCCCACCUAAAAGUUGAAAUUCCAAAAUAAAAUWAAAAAAAAACUACAGGGAACMCUGUCAUGACAAAUCGCCCCAUGAAUGGCUGGGGGAGGAGAAACCUAAGMGGAGUAAAGAGCAAGAGAGGAAAAACUGUGAAAGGAAAGAGGCGUCAGCCAUCCGUAUUCCCCCAAAUCCUCGGGACUCUUUUAUUUCUUCCCUUCUUUUUGAAACCAGCGCAGCUCCUUUCCAYCGUUUAGACUGAUUCAGUUUUCUCCACAUGCAGCAGAAAAAGGUUGCACCAUUAAAGAUGAUUAAAGCAUCACUUUCACAACAAGCCUUAGCAUGUGAUGCUAAUACUUCAAGUUUGGUUUUGUUCUGUGUGGUAAAAAAACAUGUCUGCACAUCAUCUUCAUCUCUUUGCACAGUGAAACCUUCCAGUCUGUGAACUGGAUUUCAUUGAAAGAUGACAGAGUAUAUUUAGGAGUGGAAACUUGGACCAACAGAAUAUUCAGUCACGAUUGUGGAGCUAGAUUUGUUGCAAGGCUAACAUCUGACACUGUAGAUUACAACAUCCUAUUAAACUGGAUGGUUGUUAGUAUUUUUUUCUAAAAAAUAACUUAAUGUGUGUUUAGAGUAUUUAUUUUAUUUUAUUCUUUGGACUUUUCUGUUAUAUACUUAACAAAGUGCCUUUAGAAUGUUUGUUCAGAACUAACCAUUCUAACAUCAGUGAAACCAUAGUCUACCCGUUGUAAUACAUGCGGUACUCAAUAAUUUAUUUUUGUUUUAUCUAUAAUUAUCAUCAUUCAGAUGCCUUAGCUUGAGUGAGUGUCCUCCAGUUUGAGAAACCAUGAAGAGAUAAAACAGCACUUUUACAGCCUUUUCCAUGCAGUCUACUGCACAUUCUCUUACAGCAGACUAAAAAAAAUCUUUGCCUUUAAACUUCAGAAAAGGGUUCAUUUUAAUUCACACUUCAUAAAGUUCUUGGUGUCUUUAUAGUGUGCAGCAAACGUUUUGUCCUGUCCUGUUUUGUGUGGUUAAAACCCUUCUACUGCCUCUACAGAUAAAGAUGAGUGGGUUUUUUUAAGCAGGUAACUGGAAGAGUUUGUGAGAUAAAUAAAAGUUUGGGUUUUUUCACUGCU